AUGAAAAGAAUUCGGCUAUCUUUUCCAGCAAUUACUCAUACAACAAGUGUACCAGUGAUGACAGCAUUCUGUUCUCAUCGUCCUGUCUAUUUAUUCCUCGGACGAAGUUUGAACACGGCAUCUACUUUAAUUCGACCUCAUUUAACAGAUAAACAUCGUGGAAUAAUUGAGUCAUGCUGCACCAUUGAAUUUACGGCCGAUCGGCUAAGCUAUGCGUCUUUGUGCUUGGAUCCUGAAAAUAAAAAUUCAGUUAUCCUUUCCAGUUGGAACAGCCUGCCACUCAAUUUGCCUUCUGGAAAGGAAUUCAGACCUUAUAUGUGUUCCUCCAUGUUCAAAGCUAUCACUCAACAUCUGGUACGUGAUAUUUGCUCAUCUGAAAAAUUGACCAGUGGUCAAUUCGCCUUAGUGUAUGUAUCUUCUAAAUUAUCUUCAGCCUCAUUGGUACGUGCAGGUUUUAUGGGCUACCUUAUUGGAUACUUGUGUACAGAGUCCAUUAAACAAGAAUUUUUACCUCCAUCCAACCUUCCCAUUUUCACCAUGAAUCAUUCUUAUCGAAAACAUAUUCUCUCAUCAUGGAGAUCUAAGUUUGUGAGCCGUAAUCCAGAAUGUUUAAUUCGUGGUAUUGAAGAUCUGUUUACCACACUACCUAAGCUUUCGUUUGCUAACAGCAACUCCAUAGCCACUUAUACGAAUAUUUUUCUCAAUAUAGAUGGCAAUCUAUCAAAUCCCAGUGUACUUAUUCCUAAUGAAAAUCAAAAUAUUACCUACAAUCAACUUAGUCUUGCUAAUGUUCUUGUAGACGGAUAUGGUUUUCUUGUCCAUGGAAUAAUGGUGCUCAAUGAAAAGGCAUCUAAUUGUUCUAAUAUAAUUAGAAACAACAUUCUAUGUAGUAACUAUCUUGGAGCAAAUACUGAUGUUAUUCUCCGGCCUAUCUCACCAUUAUCAACUUCUUCAUUUACUACAAUCCAUAACUUAGAUAUUCGUAAAGUUCAUCAAGCUGUAAUAAUGGGUUAUCUUUUAGCAUUCUUAUCAUCCAAUAUUAACAAUACACCAACAAGUAAAUUAUGUAUAUCAAUCAAUUGUCCAGCAAUAGAAACUUUGAUAAAAUGGACUAAUCAACCAACUAAUCGUUGGACAACUUAUUUAAGUCAUCAAAUGUUUAAAAAUCAAUCCAAUAUUACAUUCUCUCUCCUUCCUGUGAAAUCUAAUCAUUUAACAAAAGCAAAUAUAUCAACCCCUAUAAAAACUAUACCUAAUAAUAAUGAUUCAUCAGAAAUUAUUCAAAUGCAUGUAGAAUCUUCACAGUUGUUUUCAAUUUAUAAAUGUCCCAAUUCUAAAAAUCAUGAACAUAUUAAUACUGUACAGAUUUUACUAGCUCGAUGUUUGUUUACAUGCAUGUAUCAUUUGUUAAAGGAUAGUGAUUGAACGAGAUUAUUCCGUGAUGUAACCGACGACAUCCUACCAUAAGAAUUGAUUCAUUUUUCUCUGUAAAUACUGGGACUUUCUAGAUAUUGACAAAUACAUCUUGUCAUUCGUUUUCGCAAGGUUAAUGAUACUACCUGAUCGUUACUACCAACGGCCAAGAUAUCCAGGAUCACGGAGUCCAGUGGACUUCUUUUGAACAAAUAAACCUCACCUCAAUGGCCCCUUUGAGAGAUUGACCAUUAGCAUUCUCUAAGUGAUUAGUAAUCAAUAUCGUAUCUGUACUUAGUACUAACCUUAUUCUGGCAAUCAAUUAGCUAAAUAUGACCAUCACUCUAUGUGACCUGAUAUCUUGUGUAUAGUUUUUUGAUGUUAUAUGACUGAAGAUAGUUGGGAGGAAAGUCAGCUUCAGAUAUUCCUUCCGACUAAUUUUAACCACUUGACAUAAAUCGAUUAUAUCUGUUAUUCCAAAGUUCCGAAUUAGAAGUCCCAACUUAUAUAAGUCACCUACAUCACGUGUUAGAUUUUUGUGUUUUUCUUUUUGGACAGCUUUUAUAGUCUUAUUCUACACCAAUCACUAUCUAACAUUAAGAUGC